UUUUUUUUUUCUUUAUUUCACUUUUCUCAGUGAUCCUCUCCACUCCUUUCAAAGCCUCUGCAUUUCUUCUGUUCUCCUAUUCCAUUUUCUCCGCAAAACUCAACUACCAAGUCUUCCUCUCUUCUAACUCCAAAUGAAGAUUACCAUGUUGGGAUCUGCAGUGGCUGCGUUGAAGAAGGCCACAGCAGCAUCACCUAGCACAUGUGCAUCAACCCAUCUCUUGAGUCGGUCCUACUACUACGCAGGGUCCUCCCCUGAAAGGAAAGUUGCGAUAUUAGGAGCGGCAGGGGGCAUUGGGCAGCCACUGGCUCUGCUAAUGAAGCUAAACCCUUUUGUCUCUUCCCUUUCUCUUUACGAUAUAGCCAAUACUCCCGGUGUUGCGGCCGAUGUCAGCCACAUCAACUCUCCUGCUCAGGUUUCAGGCUAUGUGGGUGAAGAAGAGCUGGGUAAAUCAUUGGAAGGAUCUGACCUUGUGAUUAUUCCUGCGGGCGUUCCAAGAAAGCCUGGAAUGACCCGUGAUGAUCUUUUCAACAUCAAUGCUGGAAUAGUGAAAUCCUUAUGCGUAGCCAUUGCUAAAUAUUGUCCCAAUGCGCUGGUCAAUAUGAUAAGCAAUCCAGUGAAUUCAACAGUCCCAAUUGCUGCUGAGGUUUUCAAAAAAGCAGGGACCUAUGAUGAGAAGAAGCUAUUUGGUGUGACUACACUUGAUGUGGUCAGGGCUAAAACUUUCUAUGCCGGAAAGGCUAAAGUGCCAGUGGCUGAUGUUGAUGUACCGGUAAUCGGUGGCCAUGCUGGCAUCACUAUCCUCCCACUCUUUUCUCAGGCCACACCAAAAGCCAACUUGCCUGAUGAUGACAUAGAAGCUCUUACUAAGAGAACACAGGAUGGAGGAACAGAAGUUGUUGAAGCAAAAGCUGGAAAGGGAUCUGCAACACUAUCAAUGGCCUAUGCUGGAGCUGUUUUCGCUGAUGCUUGCAUAAAGGGGCUUAAUGGAGUCCCAGACGUUGUUGAGUGUUCUUUUGUGCAAUCGAGUGUCACAGAAUUACCUUUCUUUGCCUCCCAGGUAAAGCUGGGAAAGAAUGGUGUUGAGAAAGUCUAUGGACUUGGUCUACUUUCUGAAUUUGAAAAACAGAGUCUUGAGAAACUCAAGCCAGAGCUCAAAGCGUCUAUUGAGAAGGGAAUCAAGUUUGCCAACCAAAAUUAAGUGGAUUAAUUAGAAGAUUCUCACAUUCAAGAUUCCUGGUUUUGUGUUGCACUUUAUAGUUUUGCUUUCAUCCGACAGAUAUUGUAUUUUGCUGUGUGGUUUGUAAAGUGAUUAAAAUGUAAUCCAAAACUAAACUCUACUAAUCUGCUGAUAGUGCCUUCUGAUGAUUAAAUAAGGCAAUGCUGAAGGGAUGGAGACUAUACAAGAAGAAAUAUACCUUGACAAAUGCAGAAAACAAAGCAUGAAUAGCCAGAUAGUCAAAUCCUGCAAAAUAAAGGGUAGGCAUUUGGACGAAUUACCUUGAACGAGGGGAAGUGCGGUCACUAUGGAGAAGAAAAUGACGGAUACCCAAAAGAGAGAAAUAGGAAAAGUCCUUAAAUGGUGAAGCAAAUGAGCUAUAAGCUAUAAGCUAUGCUUCUGUAUUUUUUCUUUUGGUUUGGUUAAAAUACAAAAUAUGUUAUUAUAUGAGUUCUUUUUUUUUU